AUUGGCGCAAGGGAUUGAAGUUCUGCCAGCCAUGCGCGGUCAGCUGCUUCAUGCCCUAGGCGCAAGGGGCCGCAGCAGCCGCCGCGGCUCGCCAUGGGCGCCAAAGGUCCUGGCGGCAGUUGGUCUCAGCGGCAGCGGGUUGGCAGCCGUGACGUUGGCGAAGAUGAGCGAGGACGAGAGCGAGAAAAUCUGGAUCAGCCGGCGUGGGCCUUUUGCCUGGGACGCCCAGCGAGCUGUGGAAUGGGUGCCAUUGGUACCUUGCAUUGGCUCCGGACUGGUGGCUGCUUUGAUCACAUACCUCAUGCCAAGACAUUUGUCCAAGAUCCGCUUGCCCAUCAGCGUCCACGAGCUGACCGCCCUACCGCUGUCAAUCCUUUUAGCCUUCCGUUUUCAGCUCUCCUACGAGAGGUGGUGGGCCUCGCGACAGCAGCUCCAAGACGUGAGCGCCAAUGCGGUCGCCCUGGCCAUGUGCGCCGCCAACAACCAGGAGGUGAUCGCGCUGGACUCCAACCCCACCAAGCCCUGCAAAGCGGAGAUCGAGCUUAAUGAACGCCGGCUCCUGGGCUUGUUGGACACCGUCUGUGCCAUCAUCGAGUGGAAGUUGUCGAAUGGACAACCACCACACCCUUCCAAUGAUGUCACCGUAUGGGAGGACAUUGGGGCACACCUUCACCCAGAUGAUUUAGAGCAGCUGCGGAAGGUGAGGCAUCCAGGGCUUUGGUGUUUCGACCUCCUGUUCACCACCAUCCACCGGGGUCAAAUGCUGGGGGUGUACUCUGGAGAGCUCGCCAGUGGCAUGUUCGAGCGUACCACCAGCAUGCUGGAAGGAUACCAGUUCUGCGAGAUGGUGCAGCACCAGCCCAACCCGGCACCCUUCGCAGUGCACCUGCGCAGCAUCUUGCUGGUCUUUUGCGUGAGCUUUCCCUUCACCAUCAUCGGGCAGAUAAGCCCGACGAGCCUGGUCCUCAUGCAGUCUGCCCUGAGCUUCAGCCUGCUGGGGAUCGAGUUCGUGAGCCGGGAGAUGGAGCACCCGUUCGGCAACGACGAGUCGGACGUGCCCACACGGAAGGUCAUGGGCAAGACCAGAGCGGCAAUCCGAGCGAUCCUGUGGAAGCACUCCAGCCACCAAGAGAGCGUGGAUUGGAUCGGGUAGUUGCCUUUUUUACCACUGCUUAGCAGGGGAGGUGCUGUGCGUGCAAAAAGGGCAUGUUUCGGUUUAUCGUGUGAUUUUUCCUUUGGCUUUAAGGGCCAAGAAGGACGGUGUACAAAGCCUAGGGCCUGCAAAUGCUCCCAUGCUGGCU